GUGCACACUACGCAAUCGCACGUACCAACUGUGGAGGCGGGCCGCUUCCUCUACGUCACGGUGCAGUGCCUUUCCACUUCAACGAUUCUGUCUCUCUUUUUUUUCCCCUUUUCUUAUCUUUCUUAGGCGGUGCCGUAAUUCCAGCCGCAGAAACGUAGCAUCACCAUGUCGUCGGAAGCCAACAGCAGUUUCGUGUCCUCCUCAUCGGCAGCGGCCGGGCAGCCGCUUGACCUCCGCGCCUUUACCUCCUGCUACACCGUCACAAAGCACUCAUGGAGAGGAAAGUACACGCGCAUCUUCGGCGUCGGUCCGCAGGGCAUCGGCACCUGCAACGUGCGCUCCCUCACCAAAAUGACGAACUUCUGGCCCUACACGCCGUCCCUUCGAAACGUCGCGGCGGACGGCGUCGCCGGCUGUCAGUUUCUGCUUCUCACACAGAGCAGCGGCGGCAAAACGGAGGAGCUGCGCUUCUCCUGCGGCAGUACACAGGAGCGGGCCAAGCUGCUGACGGAUGUGAAUCGCCACCGUGGCCACUUCGACGCGGGCUACCGCCAGGCGCUGGCGAAGCAGUCUUUUGCGGCGAUGAAGUACACCAUCAACGAAACCCAACGCGCGUGUACGCUGCGCGUGACGGCCAUCGGAAUUGAGCAGCUCACGCGGGUGGCGCAGGACGGACGCAGUGACUCCCCCGCUUCUACACCGCAGGCCGGCUCGUCUUCCCCAGCAAAUGGAGGCGCCGUGUACGAAAAGGUCGGCGAGUACCUCUUUGCUGAGAUUCGCGGCGUUACCUCGAUCGAAGGCAAACCGACGAGCGUCGUCAUCGCCGCAGGGACGGAGAUGAAGAUGCAUCUGUACGAGGUGGCUGACACGAAGCGCUUCCUCGACUGCAUCUACGCCUACGCGCGCGACGUCAUUGGGCUGCCGCCGUACCCCCCAAUGAACGUGCUGACGCAGGCGCUCUUCGACCAGGACCGCCUCGGCGUCCGCCGCGACAACCUGGAGGCCAUCGAAGAGUUUGCCGUUUUAAAGAAUUCGCCGAAGCUACGUGACGGGGCGGUGCGUCGUCUGCUCAGCACCACCACCAUCGCCCUGGUGGAGCGCGAUCCCGUCUCCUACAACCCAACCAGCGUGCAUUUCCUCGCGUCGAUCUUUGCGCUCGUGCGUUGCGAGGACGACGACCAACGCUUCUACGUCAUCUUCAAGGAUACAUCGGUGCUGAAGUGCUACCAGUCCCCGGUACGCGACACUAUUUUGGCGCACUUGGUGACCGCCUGCUACAGCUGCGGGGACGGCAACGUCAGCGUCAUCUCGCGAUCGCUGCAGCGCCGCAACCGUCUCUCCUCCCUCACCACGACGGUGACGGAAGAAGUGGAAAGCCUGCUGCUCAAAGGACUGGUGGAGGGUCGCCCGCUGGGGUCGACGGACAGCGGCACCGCGUCAGCUGCCAACGGCCCGGCCGUCGCCGCUGGUCUGCUGGCGUCGUUAGAGCUCUUCAACGCGAAUGUGCCCCGCACGGGGCUCACCUGGAGCGAGAACAAGGACGGCCUCUUUGCGGAGAACCGGGAGAAGCUCAUCUACAAUGCCCUGGAUGCCGUGCUGACGCACUUUACGUGGAUCAAGCCGCCCGCGUCACCUGUGCCAGAGACCGCGUCCGCCCUCGAUGCCGCCGAUCCGCACUUCGUGAUCGAGCAGUUUCAAGCACUCAGCCGUCUCUCGGUGUCACGCGUCGGCUUCAGCUCCAUCGCCCUCGUGCCGGCGCUCUUCAGGGCCGCUGGCAUCUUCUCGGUGCAAGCAUUGCGGAUGAACAAUUUGGCCGUCUCCUUCGCGGUGAUGGAGUUCCUGAACACGCUCAUGACACCCUUUCACAACCACUACGAGAUUGAGCACGAGUCUAUCAACAAGAACCGGCUGCUCAGCGCGGAGGGCUUCGUACGCAGUCUGCUUGAGGUGCUGCGCGAUCACAUUCCGAGCGAGAGCGCGUCGCUGCUGGUACUGGAGCUGCUCUUCUUUUUUGAGUUUGCGCUGUGCCCGCCGUACAGCGAGACCACCGACCCGGCGCACUUCAAGCGGAUCCUGCGAGACAUGGUGGAGAUCGUCGGCCGCCAUCUUUUUCUCCUCCUGAGCCACACCUGCGACAUUAUUCGCUACACCGCGGGCCAGCUCAUUCGUGUGGCGAUGGAGGAGGGCGAUGAGCAGCAGUUUGUGCGCAUGCAGCAGCUCGCCAUGUCGGAGGGCGGCCUGCUCACGCAGUUUAACACCGCGGUGUUCUCGUCAAAUCGGAAGCUGCGUGAUUUGGCGCGUCGCCUCGUCGCGUACUGGGCGUUUGGAAACGUCCCUACGCAGGAUGUGCUGCGUCGCAUGGUGCCCAUCACGCUGCUGAACUUCCUGCAGUCCACCGACCCGGCCCCAAGCGAAGAGCAAGAGGAGGAGCGACGGAAAAAGGUGGCGCAAAUGACAUCGAAGUUCCGCGAGUCGCAGACGGGCUGGUUUAAGAAGUCGUUCAACCCUCUCGAGGCGACGCUGGAGGCGAGCGGUGGUGGUGAUGCUGGUGCUGGCACAGACGUAGGCGCGGACGGCGGGCGGGUGCGCUACCGCGUCCGCGACGUCCGCGUGCGGCUAAACCUCAACUGGAACAUGUUCUUCUACCAAAUCAAGCGCGACCACCUCCGGCCCGAUCUUAUUUGGAAUCACACCACCCGCAACGAGCUGAAGGCGGCGGUGCAGGCGGAGCUCGACUCGUUUCGGCACUACAGCGACAUGCGGAGUGAGCGGAUGGUGGCGUGGAACUACGCGGAGUUCGAGGUGGUCUACCACAGCCUCGACGGCGAGCUCAAGAUUGGGCAGCACUACCCCCGCCUGCUGUUUGAGGAGGCCCACCCCGUGAUUGCGCGUCCGCGGGAGUUCUUCAACGACAUGUACCACCGCUUCCUCCUCGUGCAGGACACAAAAAGCAAACUCGAGUGUCUGCACGGGCUGGCGCUGCUCUGCAAGCACUACCCUGAGCAGAUUGGAGAGUUUCACGACGUGCCCUAUCUCCUGCAGAUGCUGCAGGGCACGAUGGACCCGAUGAUGCGGGACCGCCUGCUGCUGCUCCUGGCCCACCUGCUCCGGGCACGACACAACAUCAAGCUCUUCCUCGACCACGACGGUCUCUCCCCGUUGAUGGAGCUCGUCACUGUGGCCCACCUGCACAUCGACCGCCCACAGCUCAAGUCGGUCUCAAACACGAUCGAGUACGCAGGGCAUCUGAAGGAGCUGCAAGGACAGGAAAAGGAGUGGCACUUCACCAAGAGCGGCGCGAAAGCCGGCCCGGUGUCGUUUGCGGAGCUGAAGGAGCUCUACAAGUCAGGCGAGGUGACUGCGACGAGUAAGGUGUGGGCACAGGGGAUGGCGGGGUGGCGCGAGUUCCACUCCGUUGCGCAGCUGCGCUGGGGCAUCGUCAGCGCCGACCUACCCUCUAUAUUGACCUUAACAGAAGUCACCUACACCGUGCUGGAUAUCUUUCUGCUGCUGUGUGAGCAUUACCCCUCCGUGAACGGCGACGGCGCCGUGAUGCAGCCGCAGCCGAAGGUGAAGCGUCUGCUGAGCAGCCCGUCGCUCCUGCCGCACCUCGUGCAGCUCUUGCUGACGUUUGACAGCGGCAUCUGCGCCCGCGUGCACACGCUGCUCUUCACGCUGAUGGAGGCGAACCCGUUUGUUGGCCGACUCUUCCUCACGGGUGCCUUCUUCUUUUCCUGUCUCUACACCGCCUCCGACGUGCUGCCCAUGUGCCGCCUCCUCGCCGCAACACACCGACGCCAAUCCUUCCAGUACACGCUGGCAACGAACGACUUGGUGCGGGACAGCAUUCUGGCCCCUCUGCUGCCACCGGCGAUGGUCUGCUACUUGACGCACCACGGCGCCGAGGCGUUCGCUGAUGUGCUGCUCGGCGAGUACGACAACCCGGAGGCCAUCUGGUCACCCGCGAUGCGGCAGUACCUGGCUGGCAAAGUCGCCGCCCACGUGGCCGACUUCACGCCUCGCCUACUUGGCAACAACACGGUCGUCUAUCAGUACUGCCCGAUCGUCGGCGUCCAGUACGAGUCGCUGCAGAGGGAACUGUUUUGCAGUCAGUACUACCUCCGACACUUCUGCGAUGAACUGCGCUACCCGAACUGGCCGGUGCGCGACCCGGUGCGCUUUCUCACCGACAUCCUACAGCAGUGGAAGGAGGAGCUGAACAAGAAGCCGUCGACGCUGACGCGCGAGGACUGCUGCGCCAUCCUCGAGAUGCAACCACCACCCGCUGCGGCAACCGCAGGCGACCACGCAGCAGAGAAGAGCGCGAGCGACGGUCAGAACGACGGCCCGACAACUUCCACUUCCCGCGCCUUCGUCGCUGCUGCCGCGCCGUCGUCGCUGGCAUGGCAGCCGUCCAAGGCAGAGCUGCGAAAGGCGUACUACCAGCUCGCUGCGAAGUACCACCCCGACAAGAAUCCAAACGGGCGGGAGACCUUCGAAAAGAUUCAACGCGCGUAUGAAUACCUUGUCGCCGACACGGUGGAGUCCAGCGCACCCAACCCGGAGAACAUCUUUUUGCUGUUAAAGGCGCAGUCCAUCCUCUUCAAGCGAUGCGGCGUCAUUCUGCAGCAGUACAAGUACGCCGGCUACGAUCUCCUGCUGCGCUUAAUCGAGUCGGAGUUCCGUAGUCCGGAUGCGCUGCACAAGCCGAUCGUACUCCUCGACCCCGCGACGGAGCUGUGCUACUUCACGAUUCGCAACGCCCCCUUGAACGCCGAUGAACUGCAGGAGGAGAACGGCAUGCACCUUCUCGCGGAGAUUGCCACCUACUGCUUUGACUUCAUCACCCCAAACUCGAAGGAUGCGGAGGUGCACGUGCGCAUCGCAAAGCACUGCAUGCUGACCUUCUCCAUCAGCGCACGCUUCACCGACUGCCGGCUGAAGAUGUUACGGGAGAGCAAGAUCGCCUACCUCACCGCGAAGGGCAUAGCGUACUACCAGGCGCCAGAGCUCUCGCGUGCGUGCACGGAGGCCUGCGCCAGCGAGUCGCGCAGCGAGAAGAUGCAGUCGGAGCUGAUCCAGUACGGCAGUGUGUGGCACCUGCUGCAGCCGCUCUUUGCGUACGACGCAUCCCUGGAAAAGGCCGGCGUGGAGCUCACGGAGGAACAUCACAAGCAACUCUUCGCGAAUCGUGCAGCCCUGUUCGCCCUUCGCGCCACUUACGCCAUCACCGGCAUUCCGCGCCCCGUUCCGGUCAUCAAGAUAAAGACCGAUGAAGCGACAGGGCAGCUAUUGUCGAGCCCGAUUGCAUCGAGCCAAACUACUCCUGCGCCGGUGGGCGACGACCACACGAACAGCGGCGACGAGGUGGUAGUGACGACACGACAUCAAGGGGUGUACCGUGUGCUGCGACAGCUGCUGACGCCAUUCAUUCUGCACAAGAUGGAGAAGCAGCCAGACAGCGAGGCGGAGGUGCUGGCGCUGCUGAACAGCAACUCAGAGACGCCGUACUUUCUCUGGAACAACUCCUGUCGAGCGGAGUUGGAGGAACUGCUUUCCACCACAUCGGAGCAGUUCCGCGAGGCGGCCUACGGCGCUACCGACCUGCCAUCGCUAUCGUCGAUUGUCAGCAACUUUACCUACUCGCUGCACGCGAAGGAGGUCGUGGUGGGCGGCGUCUUUCUGCGCCUCUUCAUCCAGCAGCCGAACUUCCCGAUCCAAAACGCUGCUGGUUUCUUUAUGGCGCUGCUGGAAUUCUUGCUGGGCACGCAAGCCGCCGAUGGCGUGGGGGCGGGGGCGGCGGGAGCCAAGGAGGAGGAUGCGAAAUCCGGCGCGGAAGCAACCGUCUCCUCAGCCAUUAAGCAGGCGCCGUUGCUCGCUGCGCAGUCGCUGCGCGUUCUCACGAGUGGUUACACCGAGUUGCUCGCACCCGUCGCCGCGCAGCGGAUGACCGCCCUGGUACUUUUACUGGGUGUGCGGGUGGGCGACGGGGACAAAGAAGAGGUGAACGGCAGUCCGAUCGAGGUCUGCGAUGCGGAAACGCGCGCGAAGUUGGUGCUGGAGGUGGUGCAGAGCAUGACGAAGCUUCUCAGCUUCGAUGUGUGCGUGCAUGCCCUCGCCGCCGUCGACACCGCCAUGACCGCCGUCACCUUGUUUACGCAGCAGUGCCUGCGCGACGCGGAGGAUCGCAACCGUUCACCGCCUGCCGAGGAGUCGAUGGCGGUGCUGGCGCUGGUGCAGGCAACGAUGGUGCACCGCACCUUGGUGCAGCAGCUGCUGGACCGUGGUCUUUACGUAGUGCUCUUGUCGCUCUACGCCACCACGACCAGCGAGGAGGUUCGUGAGGAGGUGUGCCGGUGCCUGGGCAAGGCUUUUGCGGAGCGCCUCGUUGGACCGCAGAUCUUCCUGCGCUCGUCGCGUUUUUUGCCGGUGGCCUUCUUGGAGAUGAUGAAGGACAACGUGCGACAGGCGUGUCGGAUGCUGGACACGUGGCAGGAGAAUCCGGAGCUGCUGUGGACGAAGCCGCAGAAGGAGGACUUAAUUGCGCAGUUGAAGGCAGCACGCAGGGAGGUCGAGGCAGCACUGCGCGCAGACCCGCUCGCGUGCUGGAAGCCGGCCCAGACGGCUGCAGAUGGCGCUGUUGAUGCAAGCAGCGGCACGACCAGCGGAGCGGACGGCACCGACGCGGCUGCUCGACGCCUGCGACAGCUUCAGGUGGGUGGCGUGUACGUGGCGCUCUACGUGCAGCAGCCCGGUUGGGCGGUGCGGCAUCCAAAGGACUUCCUCAUGGCGCUGCUCGAGCGCUUUGUGAAGGAGGCCGACAGGGCCACCGUCACGUGGUCCACCUUCUCCAACGAUGUCGUCGAGCUGCUGACGAAGGCCGGUGAGGUGCUCCUGCGCAACUCACCCGGUCUGCGGGACUACUUGGCGUCCCUCGGCUACGGCGGAAAAAUGCUGCGUCUGCUCCCUCCGCCGGAGAAGGGCACGUCGAACGACAUCGUCGUCAAGGGUGCCCUUCAGUGGCUGCGAGAGAUGAGCCGCUCGGCCGCCUGCGUGGAGUCGACGUGCAGCACGGUGGACGUCUUUCCGCCUCUCCUCGCUGUACUGCAGCAGCAUCCCAACGUCACCAUGGAUACGCUGGAGGUGCUGGAGGGGUUUUUCAGCAACGCCACGCGACGCUCGCGCCUGCUCGAGCACGCGGUGCGCGAUCGCCUGCCCGAGACACUGCUGCGCUACCUGGAGGAGGGCCUUCCCGAUUCCGCCAGCGCAGCCGCUGGAGUCAGCGCCGCCACCAUCCGUGCCGCGCUGGUGAAGGUCAUCAAGGCCCUGCUGGCCUCACCAGACGACGUGAACACGCCGCGCAUUGCGGAGCUGCUUGACCAGAGCCCGGUGUGGGCGAAGUACAAGCACCAGAGUCACGACAUGUUCCUCGCGCAGACGCAGUUUGCCGGGUACUUGACCUCCGGCGACCGCCCAGGGCCAGCCGCUGCCACGUUGUCCUUGACAGCGCCAACGGCGACAACGGACGCCAACACGCGAGCAGAACCGCCGCCGGUGGAUGAUCACUCGGGUGUGCCGCCGCCUCUGUAA